GCCUGGUCUGGCAGGUUGCGCUGCGCUGCCGUGCGGAAUCGAUAAAAACCUGCUGCUGCUGCUGCUGGUUAACUACCCGCCGACAUCCGCUGGCCCUACGUACAGUACGUACAGUACAACAACAGGUAUAUUCACGUAUAUUCACGUAUAUUCAGGUAUGUCCAGGUAAAGUACUUGCUUGCUUGCUCUGCGCUGGCGGAAGUUUCUGGAUGGAUGGAUGGAUGGAUGGAUGGGUGAUGAUGUUUCCUUCCUUCUUGCUUUCCUUCUUGCUUGCUUGUCGCGCGCGCACGGUUCAAUCCGCAAUAGAUAUGAUAAUAUCCGUCCGAGCUUCUCCGGCUGCUGCUGCGUUCACAUCGUCUAUGUAUGUACCGUAUAUGUACAUGCAUACACACACAUAUACACCGGCACAAUGGCACACGAAGAACCGAAGAACCGUCUAGAAACCUGCCAGCCAGCCAGCCAGCCAGCCAGCCAGCCAGCCAGCUCGCUUCCUCCCGCCGCCGCGAAAUCAGCAGCAGCAGCAGCGUCUUCCCCCCCUCGCCCCACUAGCACUCGGCUUGCUCGUGAAACCCCAGCACCCCCCAACUCAUCAGCAGCCAAUACUCUACAGACAACCCCGGAUCCACACGAGGCAUGCAUACGGUAUGGCAUAUGGCAUAUGGUUCGACGUCCGCCUAAGCAAGAAGUAGAGUACUCUACUGAAGAACCCGCAAAUCCCUAUUUGGCACUGUGGCCUCGCCCGAGUCCUUGCCCGAGCCCCGCGGCACAAUUACAACCGAGCUCGUGGGGCCCAUGGUGCCCGUGGGGCCCGUCAGUGGGAUCCCUGGUGCCCGUGGUGUCCGCUGGGGGGUGGGGUUUGAUUCAAUCACAGGUUCGAUACUUGAAGGGGGGAGGGGGGAUCGAAACACCGGCUAAACCCUCCCCCAUCCCAGUACUCGAAAGGGGUGAUGCGAGCCGGGAAGCGCUGGUGAUCUCUGUGUUGUCCAUGGUUGUACGGGCUGAUCGAUCGCACGCGGGUAAACAACGAGAGAUCGCGAGCGCGAGCGCGAGCUCCCGGAUGACCACCGGUCGGUGGGCCUGCCACACACACACACCCACGCUCUCACACACACAUACCCACGCUCUCACACACAAAUAUCGAGUACUGACACACACACACACACACACACACACACACCCACGCUCACACGUAGCAGGCCUAAAGCCGAGCGAGCUUGGGCGUGCAUUCGCUUCACCGAGGUCUAUCUACAUACUCUACAUACAUAACGUUCCAUACAUAUCUGCCGGCAGCUCUCCGGUCCGGGUACGCGUGAUCGUGAUGCAUACAUAUAUACACAUACACAUACACAAAUACACACACAUACUGGUACACACACACAAUACAUGCACACAUACCUAUACACAAUAAGUACGCUGGAUGGAACAGGCGCAUGGACCCCCCCCCCCCCGGGUCAGUUCCGGAGAGGGUGUAUGUUCUGGAAGCCGUCUCGAAUCGCGCGGGUAAAUAGGCUGCUACUGCGCAAUUGAACGUCCGCCGGCCAGUGUCCACUAUCCAGAUUCCAACGU